AUGAAAGUCGUUUUGGUUACAGGCGCCUCUUCGGGAAUCGGGAAAGCUGCCGCGAUUUACUUUGCCGCAAAGGGUUAUGCAAUCUCAAUCACGGCCAGAUCCGGUGAUGGCUUGGCGGCUACAAAAAGGGAUUGUAUUGCUGCUGGAAUUAAAGAGAACUGUGUUGUGGUGACGCCCGGAGAUCUGACUCUAGAAUCGACAGCUGAAAAUGUCGUGAGAGACACAAUCGAUAAGCUUGGCUCGAUUGAUGUUCUGAUCAACAACGCCGGUUUCGCGCACGCCGGUCCACUCGCAACGUCAACCGUCGAAGAUUUUGACAAACAGAUGAACCUCAACCUGCGGAGUUUACAUCAACUCACUCGACUCGUCAUCCCACAUCUCAUCAAGUCAAAGGGAUCGAUUGUCAAUGUGAGCAGUGUCGGCUCGUUGAUGCCGGUUCCUUAUGCGGGUUUUUACUGUAUGUCGAAAGCGGCUCUGGACAUGUAUACAAAGUGUUUGGCACAAGAGUUGGCCCCGCACGGGGUCCGAUGCAACAGUAUCAACCCUGGUCUUGUAAAAACGGAAUUUGCGGUGGCAUCUGGCAUGUGCACACCCGAAACCGUGGACGCUGCCUAUGAACAACGAGCACAGUUGAGUGCAAUGGGACGGAGUGCCAAGCCGGAAGAGAUUGCCAAGUCGAUCUACUUUUUGGCCAGCUCGGCCAGCUCGUUCACAACGGGCACAAUCAUGUUGGUGGACGGGGGACGAAUGCUUGGACCUGCACAAAAAACGAAU